GCUUUUUACCUUCCUCUAUUUCAAGCCAACUAUAACCUAAAUUUCAUAACUACACUUACAAUCACCACCAUACUCAAGCACCACAAACAUGAGGCCUAAAGCAAAUCAAACCCUCAACAUCAAGUUCCUCAUUGUAGCGGUGUUGGUUUCAUUCUUCAUCCUCUUCGUCCUCAGAUCAAACUUCUCUACUUCCACUCCAAAUUUGUCUCCAAGAUCUUCCCAAGCUGCUUCUCUCUCCAUUCCCAAAUCUUCCACCAUACACAAUGAUGCAAAAGGCUCAUUACACUCCUCAACAGAAGAUUGUUCCCUAUCGUGCACGAAGCUUUCGCCUUCGAUAUCCAAAGCUCUCAUCCACUACGCAACCUCAACAAUAACCCCGCAACAGACUCUGAAGGAGAUUUCAGUGUCAGCAAGAAUUUUAGAGAAGCAUUCGCCAUGCAAUUUUCUCGUGUUCGGAUUAGGCCAUGACAGCCUCAUGUGGAGCACACUAAACCACGGCGGCAGGACGGUUUUCCUGGAGGAGGACGAGGCGUGGAUCGAGCAAAUAAGGCGGCGGUUCCCCACGCUGGAGUCCUACCAUGUCGGCUACGAUAGCAAGGUGAAUGAGGCGGAUAACCUGAUGGAGGUAGGGAAAGGGCCGGAGUGCACGGCGGUCCAAGAUCCAAGAAUCUCUAUCUGCCAGCUGGCUCUAAAGGGACUGCCUUCUUUUGUCUACGAUACGAAAUGGGAUUUGAUUAUGGUGGAUGCGCCUACAGGGUACUACGAUGAAGCGCCGGGGCGGAUGACGGCCAUAUACACGGCGGGAAUGAUGGCUAGAAACAAAGAUAGCGGUGAGACACAUGUUUUUGUUCAUGAUGUUAAUAGGAAUGUGGAAGACAAAUUCUCCAAAGCGUUUCUUUGUGAAAAAUAUAUGAAGCAACAAGAAGGGAGGCUUAGACACUUCCGAAUUCCUAGUUACAGAGAUGAUUUUGGGAGGCCAUUUUGCCCUUAGUUUCCCUUAUGUAAAUCAUAUCUCGUGUGUUCCCCCCUUUUCCUUCCUUUCACUUUUUAUUUUUAAUUUUUUACCUUUUAUAAUCAAAGAUGAUUUUGCUCUCCUUUAC